AUGAGCGCAAUCGCAUCUAACGAAGCUCCUAUCAUCGCCCAGGCCCAGAUAGACGAUGCCGCCCUCGCCGGCACGGCGAUGGAGAAGACCCUGGGGCGUGGCUCCAUCGAUGUAAACUCCCUUCAAGAGACAAACACCUCAUACGACGACGAGGUCACGGAGGCCGACCUCAACACUCUCCGUCGAGUCUCCGGAAAGAUCCCUUGGCCCGCUUUCACUGUCGCCUUUGUCGAGUUGUGCGAGCGGUUCUCCUACUAUGGCACGACUGUUGUCUUUGUCAAUUUCAUCCAGCAACCUCUUCCAGAAGGCUCUACGACUGGCGCAGGCCAUGAGGGCCAGUCUGGAGCGCUCGGAAUGGGCCAGCGUGCCUCAACUGGGCUCGUGACCUUUAACCAGUUUUGGGCAUAUGUGAUGCCUUUGCUGGGCGCGUAUAUUGCUGAUGCUCACUGGGGCCGCUAUAAAACCAUCCAUGCCGCCAUUAUCUGCGCGGUUGUGGGACACGUCAUCUUGACAGCUUCAGCAGCUCCCAGUGUCAUUGCUCAUGGAAGCUCUGCUCUCGCUGCUUUUUCCAUUGGCCUAAUCAUUAUGGGCGUUGGAACUGGCGGCUUCAAGUCCAACAUCUCUCCACUUUUAGCUGAGCAACAAACAGAGACUAAGAAGAGGAUCGAGGUGCUCCCAUCAGGCGAGCGUGUUAUUGUUGACCCGACAGUGACGACUUCUAGAAUCUUCCUUUACUUUUAUCUCUGCAUCAACAUUGGUUCCCUGGUUGGACAAAUUGGUAUGGUCUACUGCGAGAAAUACGUCGGCUUCUGGCUUGCCUACAUGCUUCCCACGUGCUUGUUCUUGUUUGCGCCAGUUGUGCUCCUGGUAUGUCGCAAACACUACGUGUUAACCCCGCCCACCGGCUCCGUGAUGGCCAAGUUCUGGAAACUGUGGACCUACGCAUCCAAGGGAAAAUGGAGCAUCAAUCCAGUCAGGACGUACAAGAAUAUGUCUGCUCCGGAUUUCUGGGAACGUGUAAAACCCUCCAACAUUUCCGCCGCUCAACGACCGACAUGGAUGACGUUCGACGACGCUUGGGUUGACGAAGUCCGUCGUGGACUCAAGGCGUGUGCUGUAUUUUUGUAUCUGCCUCUUUACUGGCUUGCCUAUGGCCAGAUGACGGGCAACCUUACAUCUCAGGCUGCUGUCAUGGAACUCAACGGCGUCCCUAAUGACAUCAUCCAAAACCUCAACCCGAUUUCCAUCAUCAUCUUUAUCCCCUUCAUGGACUUUGUCGUCUACCCGGCUCUCCGCAAAGCACGGAUCAACUUCACCCCAAUCAAGCGAAUCGCCUUUGGCUUCGCGCUGGCCAGUCUGGCCAUGGUGUCGGCCUGCGUUAUACAAGUGUACAUCUACCGGCUCUCGCCCUGCGGCCACAACGCUUCCGACCCAGACUGCUCGGGACCAGCACCCAUCAACGUUUGGGUCCAAACCGUGCCGUAUGUCCUCAUCGGGUUUUCCGAGAUUAUGGCAAGCAUCACGUCGCUGGAGUACGCCUUCACCAAGGCACCCUACAACAUGCGCAGCUUCGUCAUGUCCAUCAACCUCCUGAUGAACGCCUUCUCCAGCGCCAUUGCCCAGGGUCUCGUGGCGCUGUCGGCCGACCCCCUGCUUGUGUGGAACUACGGCGUCGUGGCAGUCUUGUCCGGCGUGGGUGGCAUCCUAUUCUGGCUCAACUUCAAGACACUAGACAGCGAAGAGGACAAGCUGAACAUGCUGCAAGUGAGUUCUUACGUGGGCAAGAGGAAUAGCAUUGCUAGCGUGAGUGGACCGGUCACGGAGGAGACGUUGGUGGAGAAGGACCACGCGUGA